AUGGCCAAUAUUGUGGACGAUGUGCUUCAUCACCGUGCCGCUGCGCCAGGGUCGAGUCGGCAACAGCGCCUUCUUCUAGCCCUGCUUACCAUGGCAAGCUCGUUCGACAAACAACUUCCCCUUUCUCCGGAUAUGGUCGUUCGCAUUGCGUCUGAGUUGAUGCAAGUAGCCAGCCCAUCAUGCUUGCCUGCACCCGUCGCAGCACAUAUCAUGCGGAUGGCCCUGCUCCUCCCAUCGCAGCAGGGCUCCCAGCAUACCUUAAUUCCGGCCUUAUUUCAGUACUUGUUCCAGGUGGCCAACUAUCCUCUAUUGGAAGAGGGAUUGCAGGUUAUCGAGUACUCUAUGCAAUAUGGCGACGCGGACCCUCACACUGUGAUGAAUCUUGUUUCACAAACAGCUCAAGUCGACGGCCAUCGCUUGGGCGAACAGACAUUGCAGCAAGCGCGCUCGGAUGGGUUUGCAUGGCGUAGAUGGGCUCGCGAUGUCAGCGGCUGGAUGGCUGUGGGUCAAUUGCGUGAGGGAGCACUGGAUUUGCAGGUGCAUGCACAGCGCAUUUCGAUAUGGUCCUUGUGUUGUCGAGCAUGGCUCCGCUUAAAUCGAUCAAGAAGAUUCCGUGAUGCAUACAGUCAGCUUCGCCAGGAGCUUAAAACGGCGUCGCAUAUGGUAGCACCUGGCGCCCAUUUUGCUUCCACACCAGGUCUGGCUAUUCUACGUGGACUAUUGCAAUCACACGUUCUUUACCUCGCGGGACUUCAUACGAAAAAUGCGCUACGAUCUGCUCUGGCUACUAUCAAAGCCGUGCCGCCAGACGAGGUAGCUUGUAUGAAACCUGUGGUGUUUCAUACCUUAUGCCGCACCGCCCAUGAUCUACAAGAGUCCUCUGCACUCUCGACACUCGUGCAAACAUGGAUGCAAGCUAUGGAAAAAGCAAAUGCACCAUUGCCUGACCGCAUAAGCCUUGUGACCUCCCUUCCCUCCUAUCUCCAGCUGGAGGUGGUUCGGUUGCUGACAACGUCCAAUCGUGCCUUGGCUACCCAGCUGGCUGCGUGGAUCCUAGGCGAUGCGCCCUUAUACCCCUUGGCAAACAACAUUCCGUGGGCUUUACGCAGUCCCUGGCUUAUCUGCCUAUGUAAUCUGAAUCUUGUUGAGCCUGCCAAGCUGCUAUAUAUGCAAUGGUCUCAUUCACCAGGCACACCCCAUUGUCAUGAAAUUGCAGCCAACCGACCCGUAGUAUCGGCUUCACGGCGCUUUCUUGACCAAGUCCAGCGUGCUUUGCAAGUGCAACCUGUGUCCAUUCGGUCUUCACUCUCUCCCCAGUCACUGCAAGGACCUCUGGUUGAUACCCCUUCAUCCAUGAUAGCACUGGUUCGCUUGUUUGGGCAUACGUCGCGAACCCAAACACCGCGCGACAUCGUGUUUGCUCGAGCUGUGCGUGAUGAUUUUUUACUUCGUCUAUACGCUAUGCCGAGUCCAUCAAGGCAGGCAUAUACAGCGUUGAUGCAGACGUCCUUUAUGAUUGGUGAUUGCUCUGUGGCUUACUUUGCGCUGGAAUCGUUGAUCACAUUGGGUCAUUCAUUGGACCCCAAGGCCAUGGCCAUUGUGCUUCGUGGCGUAGCCGAUGUCGCACCCAACGACGCACUUGCUCUAUUCCGAGAUCUCGAUGAUACGUGGCAUACACAUCCGCAGCUUUAUGCUGUUUUGAUGUCACGCUUUCUCCGCGCACAGCGCUUGGACCUGCUGGACGAUAUCUAUGAAAUGGCGUCGAAAAAGCAUCUCGUGUCGCCUCUCACCUUCUUUGCCCCUGAGCUCCUUUUGUCCAGCUCGGACAUGUCGCCACGUGCCUACGUAUCUCGCAUUCUUCGAAUGAUGCGAGACGGCUACAGCCCACCGCCUGAUUUCGUUUGGUGGGCCAUUCGCAGUGCUGUUCGUGGUGUAUCUCUCAAGGCAGCGUCGGAACCCAAUGCGAAGGACAAAGGCGCCUUCUCUCCGAUUCAUUUGAAGGCCGCCAUGGAGCUUUAUGUCCACGUGGCCCAGCAGUGGCAAUGCAUCGAUAUGCCAACGACACGGUUUUUGCUAUAUCAUGUGGCCAAAUACGGCCGCUCUCUCCACAAAGACACGAAUGCAAUGGUGCAAAUGACCACAGCUUGGUCAACUUUGCUGGACAAACUAGUGAAGCAGAUCUUCUCUGCGCGGACCUGGACUGGCAUGAAAAAGUAUCAAGCUCUCACCAAUAUAACAGUCUGUACCAAGGAGCUGGAUAACCAUGCUGAAGAAGCCCAAACAUUGCCUCCACCGCUUGUCUACCAGAUUUUGCUAGCCUAUAUGGCGCUAGGUGAUCAACAUGGGACAUUGGAAGUGCUGGACUGGGCUUUGACGCAUACUACUUUAUCACAAAAUGAACUGGCUAAUGCACCAUACCCCUCUUUGCAUGCAUUACCUACAUGGGACAUAUCAAAGAGCUGCCGCGCUAAGCCAUGGUGGCCUGAUAGGGAGUAG